GGACAGCAAGUUGGAAAAAAUAUCUUUUCAAAUUAAAAGGGCAACAGGCGUCUAGACAAAAUACAACGCUGGAAAAUAUGAAAGAGAAGAUCAAGAAACUGAAACGGCUUCGAAAUAAACUCAUGAUCUAAAGGAGGGAGCACUACGCUCGGAGCGAGACGCAGGUAAACUUAGAACGACUGCAGUGUUGUUUUGGCUUGUGUGUGUGUGUGUACGCCACUACUGUUUGCACACUGAAGUAAGUGUGUGCGAUCGCUUCAACGACCCAGACAAAGCUUGUGAUUCGUAUCCUUUUCAUAUCCUUGCUUUCUCCAAGAUCUACAAACCAUAAAAGACAGGCAUCUGCUGAGAAAUUACAAAACGUAAGAUGGAGGGAGGCGAGGAGAGGAAGGCUGGAGAACGAAGAGGUCGCCUGUCGGCCUUGCAGGAGCAGCUGGUGUGGUCUCUCCUGGGCUCGGGGCUUUCGAAGGAGUUGCUGAUCCAAGCCAUGGGAGAUCUUGAGAGUGAGAGAGCUUCGGGCGGUGUGGAGAGGACAGACCGGGCCGAUGGGGAGAGCUCAGAGGAGGGUGAGAUGGACAAUCCUCCACCCAUCUUCCACGAGCUGGAAAGACUUCCACCGGAGGAGGCAGCGAGACAGAGAGCUGAAGUGGACCAGCUGUUGCAAGAGGAUCCAUGGCAUGUAGCUAAAAUGGUAAAAACAUAUAUGCAGCAGCACAACCUCCCGCAAAGAGAAGUGGUAGAAUCCACCGGCCUCAACCAAUCCCAUCUCUCCCAGCACCUCAACAAAGGCACACCCAUGAAAAAUCAAAAACGUGCCUCUUUAUAUAGCUGGUAUGUCAAGAAACAGGCAGAGAUUAGCCAGCAAUUCACCAAUGCUACUCGAGGUGUUAUGUCAGGAGAGGAAUCCGGGGAGGAUGGACGAAAAGGGCGGAGGAAUCGUUUUAAAUGGGGCCCCGCCUCUCAGCAAAUCCUAUUCCAGGCUUAUGAACGACAAAAGAACCCCAGUAAAGAGGAGAGGGAGGCAUUGGUGGAGGAGUGCAACAGAGCAGAGUGUCUACAGAGGGGCGUAUCUCCCUCUCAGCUAGCUGGCCUGGGCUCUAAUCUGGUCACAGAGGUUCGUGUAUAUAAUUGGUUUGCCAAUCGGCGCAAAGAGGAGGCUUUUCGCCACAAACUGGCACUAGACGUGCCAUACAGUACCCACUCAGCACUCUCCAGCAGUCAGACACUAUCAUCAAGUCCUUCACCAGGUCUGAAGUACAGUCAGUCAGUAGUGUGUGAGAGUUUGGGCUCAGUGAGAAGCUCUACUGGGGAAGACAGGACUGGUAGUAGUCGCCUCGUAUCCAGUCCAGUCCAGUUAGAACCUAGUCAUACACUCCUGGACACACACCAUCAUAAACCGGUAUCCGGCGGUGGUUCCUUACCUCCUGUCAGUACUCUCACCUCCCUUCAUGGCCUGUCCGGAUCGUCCGCUCACCCUCAAGGGCUAAUCAUGGCCUCCUUGCCCAGUGUAAUGAGUCUGGGAGACUCUUCACUUCUCAUAGGCUUGACGUCCUCUCAACCACAAACAGUCAUCAACAAUGUGGGUGGAGGCUUUACCACCCUUCAGCCAAUCUCUUUUCAGCAACAGCUUCACACCUCACCUCAACAGCCAAUAGCACAGCAGCUUCAGAGUCACUUUGGUCCAAGCUCGUUCAUGACAACAAUGGCCCAAUUGCCAUGUCACAUGUACAGCAAGGCAGAUCUGAGCUCUUACUCCUCCUCUAACCUACUGUCCCAGGCAAUGGUCAUCGCAGAGGGUAACAGCAUUGGGACGUUGACUAACCUCACAGCUGUUCGGCAGAUUUUCACCUCAGAUCCCGAAGGUCACGCAGACAAUCAAGAGGAGUCCUUACACCUGCAGUCCACUUCACCAGAGCCAGUGUCUUCAAGCAGUUUGGAGCUAUACUCUCAGACCCAGACAAGCGAAACUCAUUCUACUCACUUGCUCUCCACUUCACCAAGUGACAUCGAGCCUUACAUCCCGGGACAGAUGGUGUCAAGUGAACAAUAACUGCAGCUACUAACCUAACAAAAUAAAACUGUUGAGAUUACCAGAGAUGAAUGAAAUACUGGCCAUAUAAAUGAAAAGUAUAAACAUUUAAAAUGCAUCGGAGAGCAAAGAUCUAAAUAAAUAUGACUGAAGGCCAUAUUUGUAUAGAUGUUGAUACUCACUGCCUAGAUUUCUGACAUCAGUUGUGAAUUGUGUUUCAAGGACAUAUAUGUCUUGUUUGAUUUAGAAUGAGAUAAUAAGGUCUGGUGUAAAUAAGUACAUAAUUACAUACAAAGCAGUGGCAGCCGGUGACUUCUCUUCCGAGGGGCGUACAUUCAAAAUAUGUAUUUGACAUGUGUGUUGCUUGUCAUUUCAAAAUAUGUGUUCAUUGUGUCAUGUGAACCAUGUGUCAUGUCAAAAUACUUGCCUUCUUUUAUUAUAAACCCCGUCAAAACGUCUGCAGCAGGCACUUAUUUUGACAUCAUGUGUGAUGUAUAAAAGUUUACACAACGCGCAGAACACUAUUUUGAAAUGACUUGCCACAUACAUGUUGUGAGGAACUUUGCAUCGUGCGUCCUUGAAAAAGAAGUCAUUGGUCGCCAUUGAUACAAAGUAUAAAAUUAUAAAGGUAAGAUUUCAAAAUGUGAAAUUUGUAUACAUUUUAAAAACAGAACAAUGUAAAUGUAAUUCCUAAUUUUCUA